AUCUUAGUGGUAACAAUUUCAUCAGCAUACCUGCGUCUCUUACUCGACUCUCCAAGCUUGAAGAGCUUAUAUUGUCAAAUUGUAACAUCUGCACUCUUGGUGAAGCAGAUAUUCAUGGUCUAUCCUCUUUGAAAUGGCUUUUUCUUAACGGUAACAAUUUCAUCACCGUUCCUUUGCCUCUGACUCAACUUUCCAAGCUUAAAUUGCUUGCAUUAUCAAAUUGCAAGGAGCUUAAAUCGGUGCCUGAGCUUCUAACAAGUAUUGAAGAUGUGCGGUUAGAUGGUUGUUCUUCGCUUGAAGUAGUUGCAAGUCCAUCAAAAGUAUGCAAUUUAGUGGAUUCGGCUGCUAUUUUACCCUUUAACUGCUUCAAAUUGGCUGAGAAUAGCAAUGCAUUAACAUUGCUGAAAAAACAUCUCAAGCCAUUUGCGAAUUCAAAAAAAAUAUUUGAUGUUAUUAUGCCUGGAAGUGAAAUCCCAGAAUGGUUUAGCCAACAAAAAGGUGACUUCUUUAUUAAGAUUCCCUUACCGAUUAACCUUCAAGAGGAUAGUGAAUGGAUUGGAGUUGCUUGUUGCUGCAUUUUUGUCAAUAAUGAUGCUUCAAGGGAUGUGGCCUUUAUCGACUGUGGAGCGUUAAUGUAUGGUAGAAACCGUCGGCAGAUUGAGAGGAGAGGCUAUUUGGUGGGUAAACGAUACAACAAGCCCAUAAUGAAAGAUCACAUUUUUCUUCGUUAUUGGUCGCGUGAUAAAUUAUAUCCAGUUUCCUUGAAGGAUAAAUAUGGUGGCUGUGAAACCAAUAAUUUACGGACAACAGAUUGCUUAGAUCAUAAACAUGAUGGGCUUCAUGUGUUUUUCAAUGGUCAUAGCCUUAAAGUGAAGAAGUGUGGUGUUAGAAUAGUGUAUGAGAAAGAUUUGGAAGAAAUGAAAGAGUUGCAGUGCGAUACCACUCAAUCUUCUCCAAAUUUUGAACACAUCCACCAACACUCUGCUCACAACCAUGGAUCAGUAGGUAGCACUUCUCACAUAAAACGAAAACCUAAUAUCUACGAGGAAGCGGAGGAAGAAGGGCCGCAACCAAAACGGAUGCAAAAUUUUUCAAUUUUAUAAUGGGCCAAUCGGGGAAGAAGCAUUAACUGUGGUUGAAAUAAAUAUAAUCAACUUGAGAUAGAAAUGUUGAGAAAAUGGAUAGUUUCCGUGACAAAACAGGCUAAUAGAAGUAUGAAAGUUUGGUCAAAGGAUCAUGCAAGUGAGGGACCAACAAAAGUCUUCAAGCUGAAAUGAAAGCGGACACUUUAGCAAUUAUAGGCUGGGAUGAAUUUAGAGAAAUAGAUUAUGUUAUUACAUAAUUAGUUGUUUUUUUACAUGUAAUGUAAAUUAUAGUAUUUUAAAUCGACCUUUUGAAUUUGUAAUGUAAAUUCAAAUAGUAAUUUAAUUGUAAUGUAAAUAAAACCUUUUAAAUUAGGCAUAAUGACAAAAAGGUUCUUAGUGUUUAUAAAA